AUCAUACUAUCAAACCACCCAGUCUAGACACUUCAAUAGCCACUACAGCGAUCCACCAACAACUCACCAACUCAACACUACCGCCAUCAUGUACUUCAACCGCUUCGCCCUCGCCGCCGCCUCCAUGGCCACUGUCGCGCUCGUCAACGCAGACCUCGAGCUCGACCGCGAUGACUACCCUGCUCAGUGCCAGAACGUUUGCGAUCCCGUCGCUCGUCUCGGUCAGCUGUGCAACUUUGACGACAAUGACCGCCUUGAUGACCGUACCGAGGACCAGCUUGAGGCCCAGUGCUUCUGCACCAACAACAGCUUCAACGUUGCCCAAGUAGCUGCUCAGUGCGCCGCCUGCAUGCACAACGCCAACCGUGAUACUGAUGACAACGAGGACAUCAACGACAUCAUGUUCACUUGUGGCUUCUCGUCCACCUCUUAUGACGCCAACGCUAUCUCUACUGCUACUGGCAUCAGCGUCCAGGCCACUGCCCUAACCGCCAGCAGCCAGCUGACCACGAGCCUUACCGGUGCCACCCCCACCAACACCAACUCGCAGUCCACCCCUACCGGCUCCUCAAACAACAACAACGGCAAUGGAAACAAUGACGACAACUCGAACAACAAUAACAACAACGGUAACUCCAACUCCGACUCUCAGUCUACCAACGAGCCCAGCGCCGCCAAUGCCAUCGCCCCCGGGUUCGGCACCUCCGCCCUCGGCAUCUCGGCCUACGUCGCCGCCGCCGCCGUCGCCGGUGCCAUGCUCCUCCAGUAAUCAAGCCACCACGUCGUCUUCCCAUGUCUCUGUCUCGCUGUCGUAUCACGUCUGACCAACAUUGUCCCUGGGGCUGGCGCUAUCACAUUUACCCUGUCAUCCCAUUCUCUGCUUAGCGUUCUCAUGAUACAUGACUUCUUCUGAAGGGGUAGAAAGUGAGAUACCAAUGAAUUGAUCACAUAAUCAU